GUGUUUGAGCUGAACAUGAUUCUCCGGGGGGGCCAGUGGGAUGGUCAGCACUUUUUCCAGUGCCCCCCUCUUGGGGGCGCCACUGGUCUCCAAUUAAAGCUAUUGUGAAGAGCACAUUUCAUUUCCGACCCCUAUCUUGGCUUUCAUGAAACUAGACUCCUGUGCUCAUAAAUAAAAGAACCCCUGUGCGGUGCUGGCUGAUCACUGGAGCUCUUUCAGCUGUAUAAGUGGUGAAAGGCGACAUAAUCGGCCCACAUUAAGAUCCGAACUGAGAUUGAGACACGCACACAGAGAGGACCUGGAGAGACGCUCAUCUGGAGGAACCGCAUAAGUCUCCUGGCGGCAGCAUGAUAAACCCGCAGCAGCAAGGCGAGCCCUUCCGGCACGACCCUCCUCCGGUCUUCGGGAAGCCCUGGUACUGGCAGCGCAGCAGCAGCACCAUGGAGAGCAGCCGCAGCCUGGCGCAGGUCAUCAUGGAGAUGCGCGACGAAAUCAAGAAGUUGGAAGCGGAAAACCGAGAGCUGCGGGGGGACUGUGGUGGUCAGCAUUCAGGGACGGCAGGAGACACCAGCGCUGGAACGGAGCAACCCGCGAUACUGGAAAACCCCUAUGGGAACCUGAGACGGAAUGCGUCUGCGCCAGUCCUGGAGGGACAGUAUAAAGAAAACACUGCCAUGACUGUGCGAAGGUACUCCACGAGCUCCGGCCUCUCCGGGUUGACAGUGAGAGAGGGAAGAAUCGACAAGAACAGGCAGAGUAACUCAGGAUGGGCCAGACUUCAUGAAGAAAUCCAGCAUGACAGCGAUGUGUUUGGAGAAGCAGAGAAAGCCAACAACCGCCACUCAUUGCAGGAGUACGUCCAUAAAAACAGGGCCAAGGUAAAAACUGUAACCUUCCUUCUCCCCGUUGAUGACAUUUACACCAGUCGACCCGUUCUGACCAAACACCGAGAGGAGCCCAAAAUCACCGGUCUGGCGUCCAUAGCCGAGACCGAGUCCUGAGAGAAAAUGUUAAAAAGACUUCGGACAUAUUAUUGGAACAGGUUGAAGAUCUAAACUGGAACUUUGCAUCCUCAUCUGAGUUUUUUCUUCCCUCCUAACUAGGUCAAUUUAGAUUGGGCUCUUAAUGAGUAAGAAAGCAGACCGAUUUUUAUCACACCUGACCAAGAAACCGGAGUCUCUGAUUACAGGUGCUCUUUUCAUUUGGCCAUGGCAAUCUAUGCCUGGUCAACAGGGAUGAGACGCGGGCCUCUCUGAACAGAGGAUCAGGUGUCCGGACUCCUCUCCCGGUCCGGGCUGUGGUUUCAGGGUGACACAUGUGGCAGCCUUUAUCAGACUCAGCUGUGUUCGCUGACUCUGUCCGUGUGAGUCACGUCACAGUCAUUAUUUAUUCAUCUCUUGUUCUCUUUACAAGGCACGCUGAAAUGCAUAUCCACAACCCCAAGUCAAACUGGCAUCCUGAAGAGGAUUUUAUUUGUAACCCGUGCAAAAUGGGAAUUAAAGGUGUCACCAACAA